AUGAGUCAUAAUGGCCAAUUAGAAAACAGCUACCCCCAGAGACCUAUAUCAGUGUUGGUCGGGGGUCCAGAGGAGCACAAGACGGAUGAAGUACCACGAUUUUGGAUGGUAGGCUGGCAAGUAGAUAGAGUUAUAUCGGCUCUCACACUAAAUGCUCGUGGUGAUGCUGUUGCUGAACAGGAUUACGGUUACGGUGGGGACAAAAUCGCACUAAAGAAUGUCGACGUGAAUGUCUUCCGUCCGCUCAUGCACUGUGUAUCGGUGUUCCAUGGGACAGGGUCCCCUAUGGAUCGCGUGGAACACAACUUGGUGCCAUUUGCUGAGCUUUGGCUGUUAGGCGAGGGGGUGUUACUCCCGGAAUUCCUGGACCUUGCAAUGAAACAACUUUUGGGUAUGGUUAUGAAGGCGGAUGUGUCAGAUAUGAAGCAGCUUGUCAAUCUGGUAUUUGAUCCUUCACUCGUGCGUAAUAAUAGACUUGAUAGGCUAGAGGACAUUCUCGUAGAAAAGUUUUCUUUGUACGUGCCAAUUAAGGAGCUAUUCAACUAUGCUUCAGAGCUCCCACAUAAACUCCUAGUCUCAGUGAUCAGCUACACUAGGGAUAUGGUAGGUGAAGACCCAGAGAAUGAUUUACCUCCAGCGCUUGAGUUGGAGCCUAAAGAUGGUGCAUCCGAAAAUCCAGACUUGCAUGUAGUCGUCGAUGUUGCAAAUCAUCAAGCUGAAGUUACACCUUGA